GACCGCUCCCGCAGCCCGCGGCGCGCGACCGAUGGGCUCGCGGCGCCGAGCAGCGCGACCGUGGCAGCCGCAUGCGCUGGCCAGGCGGCGCUGGCCCUGGCGCCGCAGCUGGCCCCAGGCCUCGGCCUCCCCGCCCAGCCGCUCCCGGCGAUGCUGGCCCUGCCGCAGGUGCUGCCGCUGGCAGACCCCCUGCAGCGGGCGCUGCUGGCAUCCCCGGGGCAGCUGGCGGAGCCUUCCGCGGAGCCCAUGCAGCAGGCGCUGCUGGCGGCCCCGCAGCAGCAGGCGUUGACCGCCGAGGCCGCCCAGCAGCUCCUGCAGAUGGGGCAAGCCAGGAUUGCGGCCGCGGCCCUGGAGCCUGGCCUCCCGCAGCCGCCCGGGGCCUCCCUGCACGAGGCGCUGCUGGCCCAGGCGCUGCUGCAGCCCGCGCAGCAGACCGACCCCGUGCACGCGCAGGCGCUGCUCCAGCAGCCGGCGCCGGAGCCGGAGAGCCAGAGCCAGUGCCGCAGGCGC